UGAGCAAGCAAGGGAGGAGAGGGAUGGUGACAUGGAUAAACUGUUCCAAUUUUUCAGGGAGUGCAAAGAACACAAUGAAUACUUUUACUGGGAUGUGGAUUUUGAACCAAAAACAAAUGUGCUUCGGAGCAUUUUUUGGUGUCAUGCAAGUCAGCGUGCAGAAUACAAGGAUUUUGGGGAUGUAGUCACAUUUGACACAACACACAAGACUAACAACAAGCAUAUGCCGUUGGCCAUGUUUGUGGGUUGCAGCAAUAAUUUGAAAAAUGUGUCCUUUGGCCAAGCACUUCUUCGGGAUGAAACAAUAGACACAUUCAGAUGGCUUUUUGAGACCUUUAAAAGUUGCAUGGGUGGUCAGCAACCUUUUGUGAUUCUUACAGAUGAAGAUGCAGCGAUGAAGGAAGCAAUAAGGAUUGUGUUUAACAAGACACAACACCGAAAUUGCCGAUGGCACAUAACCAGAACAUGGGAUUACGAACUCGAGGAGCUGUACAAAUUGCACAAUGAUAAUAAUCUAAAGGAGAAACUGCAGUCCCUGAUAAACUAUCCUCUGGGGCCCACACAAUUUGAGGUGGAGUGGAAUAAACUGGUGGAUGAAUGUGGCAUAAGAGAACACCCUGCAAUUGUUGCAUUGUGGCAAAAAAGGAAGAGAUGGAUAGCAACAUAUUUCAAAGGCAUGUACUGUGGGCGAAUGACUUCCACCCAAAGAUCUGAGAGCCAAAACAGGGUUUUGAAAGAUGGUUAUGUUAACAAUGUGACAAGCCUGCAUAUAUUUGCAAAGAGGGUGCUUGACUCGAUUCAGCACACAGACCACAUGGAUGCUGGGGAAUCACACUACUCACAGACUGAAGUUGUCAGAGCCUGCAAAUCAAGAUUUGAUGAGCAACUCAGCAGGGUGUACACCAGGGCUGUGUACAAUGAAUACAAGAGGGAAUAUAUUAACAGCACAGCUUUUGUGAUAGAGCCUGAUCCGGGAGUGGAAUGCGGUUACUUGGUGAAACAUGAAAAAGGCGAUGGGACAUUUUGCUGGGCACAACACGCAUUCAAAGUGGUGGCUGACAAAGCAGCAGGCGUGUAUAAAUGCGAAUGCAUGCAGUGGGAGCAUACAGGUCUGUUCUGCAUGCACAUAAUAAAGGCAUUCACCCACCUCCAAGUCCAAAACAUACCUGAAAAGUACAUUCUGAAGCGAUAUACACGUAAUGCAAGAUCUGUGGUUCCGUGGGACCGGCACGAUGUGAGUGUUGGUGGUCAAAAUGAGACAGAGCAGUCAAGGUUGUCGAAGCUGCUGCCAAAGUUAAUGCGACUGGGAAGAGCGGGAAGCAAAUCUGAUAGAGCAUACACUGAAACUAUCAGGCACAUCGACAUGAUAACUCCUGGGAUUGAGCUUCUACGAACAGCGGAGAUUGGUCCGAUUGGUCCGGACGAAGCAACAAAUACUGAGUUGCAGCAAGAUGCAGAAGGACGGCGGAAUAUUGGUCCCAUUGCACCAACACAACAAAGUUCUGACAACAAUAUAGUACCUGUUGUGAUGCCAACUGGACCUACACCACCACCGGAAUCGGGCCUGAAUCCAGAUUCUGCAAACUGCCUCACUAAUCUAAGAUUGACUGAACCGCCAGUGUCGCGCACGAAGGGUAGGAAGUCUGCCAGUGGGGCUAAAUGUGCUAAAAAUAGUGUGGAACCUGCUAAUCCAUACAGCACAUAUAGUGGUGGUCAGGGCAUAAGAGAGUGCCAAACCUGCCAUGUUAGGGGGCACUAUAGCACAACAUGCCCUCAGAACCCAAACAGAAGCAGAGCGGCCGAGAACAAGGACAAAAAGAGAAGUGCGAAAACUGUAGGUUGGACUCCAAGAAAAAGAGGUCGCCCAACAAUAAAAAAAGGACUAGAUGGGAAUCAAGAUGAGGCACAGAGUGAGGGGGAUGAUACACAGCAAUCUGGGUGCACUAUGGCGGUGCAGGAGUCAGCAGCACACGCGGUGAUUGCAAGAAUUAGGAGGGCGACAACUUGCCAUGUUAAUUACCAGGACGAAAGUGAUUAAGGAUGACUAUGAAUCUGACUGAAUCUCCAAUGUAAUAUUUCAAUUUUAUCUUAUUUUAUAACUCUGUGUAAGUUAAACUCAAUAAUGACUGUGUGACUGUUCGGAAAACAGUGGACACACAUGACCAACCAAUUGCAACAUCGUACUUGCGCUGAUUGCAACUGUAUG